AUGUACUUAGACGUUUUCAGAAGACAAGAGACGACAACCACGGGUCACUUCUUCUCGGACUUCCAGAAGGUCACGAACGUUGAGUACUCGUCUGCCACGCGCACAAUUGCCGCGGCCAUCACGUCGUUCGCGUCGAGCGUCGACGCAGACUCGCUCGUCACCGACGCCUCAGGGACGGCAGUCGCGUCGCUGCUGGGCGUCGCGAGCACAUCCACCACGGAGGACACAGCCACGCCGUUGACGGCGAGCGCCUCCAGCUUUGCAUCGAAAACGUCGUCUGCUGGUUCUCCAGACACGGUUUCGCCCAAAUGGGGCUACAUCGUGGCCCUGCUCGCUCGCGCUUCUGCGGUAGGCUUAAAAGUAAUCACGAGUGUAGCUCUCUCCGUCCUAACCUCUCAGACUAAGAAAAACCAAAAAGUCGCCAAGAAGUUCACCGUCGACUGCUCCGGCCCAACCGAGAACGGUGUCUUCGACCCAGCCUCGUACGUCAAGUACCUUGUCGAGCACAUCAAGGUCGACGGCCACCUGGGAAACCUCGGCAACGACAUCACCGUGUCGCAGGAGGGCGCCGCCAAGGUGGUGGUUGUGUCCACCACCAAGUUCUCCGGAAAGUACCUCAAGUACCUCUCCAAGAGAUACCUCAAGAAGAACCAGAUCAGAGACUGGAUCAGAUUCGUGUCGGUCAAGAAGAACGAGUACCAGCUGCAGUUCUACAGCGUUGCUGUUGACGACGACGAGGACGAGGAGUAG